CCACCGCGGCGCGCAGGCAGCGUUGGGAGGCGGGCACUUCCAGUUGCGCGGGCGCUUCGAGUUGCACCGGUGCCUUAGGCGCCUUGGUCGAGUUCGUGGAUGUUCCUCCACUUUUGGACCGUUUUCUCCUGGGCACACUGGCCGGUGGCCGCAGGGACUCUGCUUCCUUUGAGAAGGACCAACCAAAGUGGACUUUGUAGCUGCGUCGAGCUCAUCGCUGGACCUGAUCGACUUUGCCGGCUGGCCCCGGCAAGUGGCGCCCGAACAGGGACCUGACGAGAGAGCAACGACGUCGGCCGCUGCCCGGAGGAGAAGGGUACCCGUUCAUUAUUUAGACUGGAGAGGCCAGUAAACACUGUAUUGCACACUGUUUACGAAGUUUUGCGGUUAUGGGUCAGCCAAAAGAAAUAAGAACUGACAAUGGUCCGGGAUAUAGCGGAAAAUAUUUUCAAAACUUUUGUGUUCGUCUAGGAAUUGCUCACAAGACUGGGAUCCCCUAUAGCCCUCAAGGACAGGGCAUAGUUGAACGUGCUCAUCAAACGCUAAAGGCUCAGUUACAAAAAAUAAAAAAGGGGGAGUUAUACCCCUGGACACCACAGAAUUAUCUUAAUCACGCCCUUUUUGUUUUAAAUUUUUUACAAUUGGACAUGCAAGGCCGCUCUGCGGCUGAAAGAUUUUGGAAUCCUGACUUUACCCAAAAGAAACCCUUGGUUAAAUGGAAAGAUGCCCUCACUAAUCAGUGGCAUGGGCCAGAUCCAGCUCUCAUUUGGGGAAGAGGGCACGUUUGUGUGUUUCCAUAGGAUGCCGAAGCGCCGCGCUGGUUGCCGGAGAGGUUGGUACGGACGACAGAGGCGAUUGUGAGUAAACCAGAUGAAGAGGCUGAUGCUGCAGGUGAGGAAUGAAUUGCCUACUCAAGAUCAGCUGAAGGAACUCGCCCGUCAAGCUCAACAUCUUGCUCGCACCACUGGUCAUUCCCCGGCAUCUAUGGCAUUCUUUCUAUUCGGCCUCACCAGCACCAUCCUGAGUAUGACCGUCGACCCUGUGCAAGGCAACAUUUUCAUCUCCUGGGCACAUUCUUACGCUGACUUGUAUAACAUUUCCAAUUGUUGGGUUUGCGGAGCCAUGCCACUUUCUGUUAUGGACGGUCUUCCAUGGUGGGUGUCACCACUAAAAAGAGGAGACUUUCCGCAACUAUGCAGUUUUCUUAAUCAGUUGAAAGAGAAUCACCUCAGUCUUAAUCGUAUGAAUGUAUCUUGGUGUGAUAAUGCUCGCAUGGGAAUGAAAGAGACUCAUAAUGUUACCUUUAAUGCUAGUCAGAGCUAUAAAGUUAUAGAAGGUAUUUACAAAACAUUUAUUAAUCAAUCCAAAAAUAUUAAGAAAAAUACCCGCUUUAGUGGAGAAUAUUAUCAAAUUUGGGAUGAGUAUCUGUGGAUGACUCCUGAGAAAGGACAAUUGAUUACUUCAGCCACAAUUUGCUGGGAGCAAAAAGAGCAUACAUUUGGCUUUAAUAACAGAUCUCUACAGCGCUUUGAAUUAAAGCCUGUAGGAUUUCUGUCAUCUUCCAUGUGCAUAUCCACAAUGGACGUUACCCAUAAUCCUAAUCAUACUAAUAUUUGGCCUGGCUCAGAUUGGCUUUACAAUCCUGGCAUUCGUUGGGUAGCCCCUAAUGGAACCAGCUGGAUCUGUGGACCAAAUGUUUGGCCAUGGCUCCCCGUGGGAUGGGUAGGACGCUGUACGUUAGGGUUUGUCUUUGCUCCUGGAAGAAUUAGGUAUAAUAAAUUGCAUCAACCUGCAAAUUUGCCCUCCUUAAAGGCACAAUGGGAAAGGUCUGUUUUUCAUUGGUAUGAUUAUUUGGCUGCUGUAUUUGUACCAUCCGUGGGUUCUAUAGACAUUAUGACUCGAGUUGAUGCUUUAACUAACUUCACUCAGGCAGCCCUUAUAGACGCUAAAAAGGCUAUUGAGGCCCUGAGUGAAGAACAAUCCCAGAGGAGAAAAGCAGUGCUUCAAAAUAGAAUGGCACUGGACAUACUAACUGCGGCCCAAGGGGGAACCUGUGCUGUAAUGGAAGUUGAAUGUUGUGUGUAUAUCCCUGAUCUUUCAGGAAAUGUGUCCUCUGCUAUGAAAGAUAUGCAAAAUCAGGUUAAAGCCAUGUCUGAUACCCCUACCCCCUUUUUUACCCCUGUACUGUCUUGGUUUAAGUCUGACUGGUGGAAAACUGUGUUUACUACCAUAAUAGUGAUAUUGAUUAUACUUUUGUGUGGACCCUGUAUUUUACAAUUUCUUAUGAAUUUCUUAACCCAGAGAUUGCUGAUGUUUACACGAAUUAUGAAUAAUAGAAAAAUUUAGCAAGUGUGUUUAUAUUUUUAUAUAUCGUACAUCUUCCUGAGGAUACGGCUUGAGGAACUGUGAGGACUGCACGGCACAAAAUGCAGUGGCAUUUGUUGACUUAAUAAAAAAGGGGGAGCUGCGGGGAGCUGCCCUGAACAGGGGUCCUGGUUUCCGUAGUUGUCCCAACAAGGGGCCUUGGUCUCUAAGACAUAGCCCUGGGAGCUGCCUUACUUUAAGGGCUUGCCUAGGCAAGCAUAGCUCUCUGUCCCGCCACCCCUGACCUACUGGCUACGUGCUUUAUAGAACGCAUCUGCUUCUGUGAAACGUGCUGUGUACACAGUCUCCUUGACGUCUGUUCCUUAGGAAUGUACUGUGUAAGCACAUAUAUUUAGCGAUGCAUGCAAUCAUAAAGAUUUACGAUUGUCCUAAAGCAAAAACAGGAUACAGGAUGUUUUAGAUUGUUGAGUUGAGCUUUAUCUUGAGGAAAAACAGACAUAUGUCUUACAAGAAUCCUUUGUUCUUUCUCUUCCUUGACAAAAAUCAUAUAUAAGCUUGUACUAAAUAAAGUUCAGGAUCAGUUGCCUGUGAGCAGCUGAUCCUCUCGA